AAACAUGUACGAAAAAUCUAUUCUUAUGUAAAGUUUAAGCGUAUUUUUCAAAUAACUCAAUAAUCUUUGAACUGAAAUCAAGAUUCUGAAUAAAAACUCAAUUAUUAGAAAGUUACAUCUCAAAGUCAAGCUGACGAUAGUAGCGUCGCCGCCUUGCGCGAAGUCGGUAACGCCUUCAGAGUCAAGCGGACCAGCCAGAAAAGGACGCCAUUUCGCUUUCCGACGACUACAACAAACAUCAGUCAGACCGCGGUCGUGUGAAGUUCUGAGUUAACGAUGCCGGAGGCGUUCAAAUUGGGUGAUUUGGUGUGGGCAAAGAUGAAAUCACCGCACCACAGAAAGACCACAAAAAACCAGUAUCCAAAAAAGGACCAUGCCAAUUUGUGUUCUUCUUUGGAACAAAGAAUUUUGCAUGGAUUGAAGAAGUGAAUAUUAAGCCAUACCUGUCUCAUAAAGAAGAGCUUGUGAAAGCAAAUAAGUCUGCACCAUUUAAAGAGGCUAUUGAGGAAAUUGAGAACUUCAGAAAGGGGAAUGGAACUGAAUCUUUUGAUGUCCCUGAAGCUGUAGAUGAAUUUGAUCGUCUGAAAGAGUCAAGUGUCAAGAAGGAACCUAAGUCUUCUAUUGUGAGAAAGAAUCAUGCCAACAAAGCACCAAAGCGAUCAUCCCCCACCAUAUCAUCAUCUGGCCCUGGUCGUAAGAAGGCAAGAACUACCUCUUCUGAAGAUGAACAAGAUGAAGUGGCUAGCAAACGAUCAAGUCGGAGUGAAGAAAAUAGUGUUGGCAACCAUAGCACUCCUGCCCGUAAAGGUGUUGGAGUUGCAUCAAUUUUAGAUCGCCCUUUUACCGCCAUGCGACCAGUCACUCCCACCCUAGAUCUGUCUAAUGUUUCUAAAAUAUUGAAAGAAAAGAAUAUUAAUCCAUCUCAGCUGAAAUUCGGUUUCCUUGGCCUUGGAAUCAUGGGUUCUGGAAUGGUGAAGAAUUUGAUCAACUCUGGACACAAUGUCAUUGUAUGGAAUCGAUCUCCGGAUAAGUGUGACGAAUUUGUGAAAGUGGGAGCUGCUCAUGGUCUCACUCCCUCUGAUGUCAUUCAAGCAGCUGACAUCACCUUCUCAUGUGUGGCAAACCCGCAAGCUGCUAAGGAUAUGGUGUUUGGCAAUUGUGGUGUGCUGUUAGAGAUGGGCCAAAGCAAGGGCUAUGUUGAGAUGACAAAUAUUGACGCUGAAACAUCAAAGGAUAUUUCUGAGGCUAUAAUGACCAAAGGUGGACGCUAUCUUGAGGCCCAAGUGCAGGGUAGUAAAUUGCAAGCUGAAGAUGGCACAUUAGUUGUUUUGGCUGCAGGAGAUCGUUCAUUGUUUGAUGACUGUCAAUCCUGUUUUGAGGCUAUGGGGAAAAAUUCAUUUUUCCUUGGGGAUGUUGGCAAUGCCUCUAAAAUGAAUUUAGUGCUCCAGCUGAUGACAGGAGUUUGCCUCUCUGGUCUAGCAGAAGGGAUGGCCUUAGCUGAUAGAGCUGGAUUGCAACAGAAGGAUGUCAUGGAGAUUCUCUCCUUGACAAACCUGAAUUGCCCUCUCAUUUAUGAAAAGGGAAAUGCCAUUAUCGAUGGAGGUUUCCCGACCCAUCAGGCUCUUCAGCAUAUGGCAAAGGAUCUGAAGUUAGCUCUAGGUAUGGGCGACACUUUGGAUCAUCCUCUCCCCAUCACUGCGUCGGUGAAUGAGGUGUACAAACACGCCAAACGGCUUGGCUAUGGUGAUCAUGAUGUGUCUGCCAUAUACAUUCGCACACGUUUUUAGAGUGAAGGGACAAAGACAAGUAUAUUUCUACCUGUGUAAGAGAGACUUAAGAAGUUUAUUAUUAGUUUGUGUUUAUAUCUGGACAUCUAUGUACAACACAGACUGAAGUUUACAUUGCUCCACACCCUAUGGUGUUUUGUGUCAAAGAUUUAAUUUGAUCAGAGAUGAAUUGCAAUUGGUUUUAGAUGUAUAUUAUUUCAGGGAUUCUGACAAUCCUCUUGAUAAAAUCUUGGUACACAAGUACACAUGUCCAUCUGGGUAUUAGUGAUCUGUGUGUGUGAAUAUUCAGUAUGUGAGUGUGUGAGAGAGCGUGUGUGCAUGUAAGCAUGUUUGUGUAUUCAGUGCCUGAACGAAAUUAUAUAGACAAAAUAGAACGAAUCUACUUUCAGAUGGAUUGAAAAUAUAUAUUUUCUUUUGUCACAUUUUCUCACAAACAUAAUAGAGUAUUUUAUAAGUAAUUGCAUUUUGAUUCAUCGCUUCAUUUUAUAUUACUUUCCUUUAUUGUGUUACUUUCACUCUCUUUCCGAGAGAAAUUGGACAUUUAAUUAUGAAUUUCGUGCAAAUUGUGAACAAUUAACUUGGCUUUUGGUAAAUAUUUUUGAUCCCACCUAACAUGACUUUGAAACUUAAUCGUUUCAAUGACGCCUAAUUUCAAGGAAUUUUUUCAAUGUUAUGUGUACAAUGUGUGUUCUGGUAUGUGUGUGUACAUAAAGAAUGGCCCAUUGUUUGGAAUCUUUCUUUUCUGACCAACUGAAAAUCAAUCAAGACUCCUCCAUAAUGCAGCUAAUGUGACGAAGUCCUCUUUUUGUUUUUUUGUAGUUCAUAUUUUUUCAUUGACAAUGCAUUGAGAGAAUUUCUAGUAGCUAAUAUCCAUGGUUCUGGAUUCGAUGUGUUCUCAUAAAUUUAAAAAGUACCACUUUGGUAUAGAGAGUUUUAUCAUUUCAAGUUACUGGGGAGGGUUUAUUUAGCUCCUCAGUAUCUUGAGUAUUGUGCAAUAGAGAUUGUUGAAAUUAGACUUUAUCUGUUAGUUAAAUGAGCAUUUGCCUGGGCGGUUUAGUUUGGUUUUCAAGGGGAUGUACAAAAUAACUUUGAUUGAAUUUUAUUUGUCGAGCCUUGAAGAACAGUCACGUCAAUGGAUUUUUUUGUGAGCAUGACUAUUUUAUUGUCUCUUUUAACUCUUUAAAUGUGUGAUUUUUCAAGUCUUUGUAACUACCAUAACAUAUUGUAAGUUUUUAAAUGUAAAAUGGUUCAGGAUCAUGCUCAUGGUAAGUUUUGGGCAUUCUGUCUCUCAGAAGUUCUUAUGUUAUUCUCUUAGUUAUUUUGUAUGUUUUCUGUCCUCCGCAUACACAGGAGACAAAACUUGGUAUGUGUAAUGAGCUACAUGAUUUUACUGUAAUUUAAGCACUUUGUGUCUCUUCAUUAAGCUGACAUAGUAUUGUACCUUAGAAAUGAAGUAAACCACUCUUGAUUCA